CUAGGUUGUCAAUUCUAUGGUUAAAUUUCGUGUUGUAUGGGUUGACCAAAUAUAGGACAAAAUAAAUUUAUUGGAAAAACAAGAGGAAGAGGCGAGGAAGAAAACUAGAAAACAGAAAAAAAAAACAGUGUACUCAAAGAUGGCAGAUACAAAUUUGUUGGAAAAUUCUUCAGAUUUAUCGAAGUUAAAGGUCCCCGAUUUAAAAAAGGAACUAAAACAGCGAGGACUGAGCACUACCGGCAAUAAAAAUGAGCUUAUAGAGAGAUUGCAAAAUGCUGUUAAAUCAAAUGAAACAAUUAAUAGCGAAUGUGUAGAUGACCUAGAGGAAGAUUUAUUAAAUGAUGAAGACGAUGAUCAUGAAGAUGCUAGCGAGUCAGUUAUAUUAGAUAAUGAGUUAGAUGAAGGUUUACCAUCAUUACCUGUAAAACGCAAGGCCGAUGAAACUUCUGCAACUGAAACUAUCCCCGAACCACCAAAAAAGGUUGUGUUAAAGAGAAUAAGUAGUUCAGAAUUAGACACAGAAGAAGAAAAAUCUGAACCGGAAAAAGUUGAUGCCGAAGUUAAACCGGAAGAAGAUAAACACGAAGACAAGAAAGUUAUUAAACUUUCAGAAUUGACAACUAAAGAGAGGUUAGAAAUGAGAGCAAAGAAAUUUGGAGUAAUUGUCAAUAGUCCAGAUGCCAAGAAAGCAGCUAGAGCAGAGAGGUUUGGUACAUCUAAUGCAUCAGCUGAUAGUAUUACAUCAUCUCAAGUGAAUACGAAAUUAGAUGUUCUAAAACAAAGAGCAGCAAGAUUUGGAGUUUCUGUAUCGUCUGCGAUGUCAAAUUUAGAAAAUAAGGAAAAAUUGGAAAAAAGGAAACAACGGUUUGGUUCUGACACAGAAGGAAAAUCUUCCAAUGGUGUGUCCGAAAGUGAUAAAGCGAAACUUCGUUUAGAACGGUUUAAAGAACCAGUGAAAUAAAUUUUGUUAUAUUGGUGUAUAAUAAAUUAGGUUUAGGUAACAAUUAUUGAAGAAUUCACUAGUAUUUACAAAUUAAUGUAUUAUAUAAUUAAUUAAUGUUCUGAAAUCUAAAAUGAAUAUACUGCGAGGCAUAAGUUAGGGAUAUAUAGAAAAUUAUGCUCAUUUUCAUAGUUGAUUUUUUCGUGAACAGAUUAACGAAUUCCGCUAUUUUUUUAUUAUUUUAGAUUUUUCUUUAGUAUUAACACAGUUGACCAAAGGUUUACUCAAAUUUCUAUUUUGUACUUCUACCAGGUGGAAGAAUAGAAAUUUUUUUCUUAUGUUAAGUUUGAGACACCCUGUAGGGAGGAUGAGGUACAAAUGUGGGUAUAUAUUGGAAUCGUAGUGUAGUCUUACAUUUUGUGAAUAUUUUGUUGUUUGAAGGUCCCUGAUUUCUUUAAAAACAAAGAAAACAGACGGUCUAGCAUGUGUUUUAACUCAAACAAAAGCUUGAGACGCCCUGUAGACAGGAAAAGAUACAAAACAUAGAAAUUAUGUUGUAGUCUCAUAUUUUGUGUACAUUUUACAUUUUUAAUGUCUCUGAGACAGUACGUAAAUCGUACAGCUGGACAUAUACAGUGUACAUUAAGUUGAGUGUGGCAACUGCGCUAAUAUGUGUUAGUUGAAUCUUGUGUUCGAGUUCGAGUUCUGGUGCAAUAGGGUUGUUACAACGAAUAGAAUAAGUGAAUUUGUAAGCAAGAAUGUCCAUAAAUAUCUCAAAAACAAAGAUUAUGAUUACUGAGUUAAUAAUUUUACUUUAAUUUUUAAAAUAUUUUUUUAUUUAAAACUAAUUUCAAAAUUAAACAGACACAGUUUUCUCAUUCCCUCAGGCCAAAAAUAUUCAGCUACUAUAUAUUGUCAUGUUUUGACGUUUAUUUGUGUCAGUCGAAAUUAAUAUAAACGAGGAUUGUGACUUCACAAACGGCGGUCUUUGCGUGUCGUAAGGGGUCAAAGGCAAAAGUGUCCUCAAGUGGCUACCUUAGUAUUUUGAGGAUACUUUGACCUGUGACCUCUGAUCGGUCACAAUCCUUUGAGUAAAGUAAAUUUCUCCUUUACAAACAUAUCUAGCCGUUUUCACACCACUUGAGGUAAGCUAGCCAGUGCGUUGAUCUUUUCUAUCGUGGAAAGAUCGUCCCCAAUAGGCCUACAGGAAACCAAGCCUAUUUUUUUUUAAACUCUAUGUAGAAUUUUCUUUCAUGAAAAAGACGCUAUUACGUGUGAAUCGAGGGAGGUAAUUCUGCUACGUAAAUAAUUUAAAGUUAUAAAAAUGCAGUUAAAAACCUUUUAAAAAUUUUAUUGUGUACUAAGCCCAACGAAAAACGAAAAAUUAUUAUUCAAACUAGUUAAACACAAAUAAAUAAUUAAUUUAAAGUAAUUGAAAAUCGAACAAUACAUUAUACGGUACAAAAUAAUAAGUAAACUAAAUGAAAGGUUCAAAUAGACCACCUUGCUUUUCAAGACGAUAUAUAUAAUAGUCUAUCAUAAAAUGCUUGCCUCACGUUUUCAAGCUGUUGUGGCGUAAUCGUAGCACAAGCGUUUCUUAUUUUAUUUUCCAAAUCCUCUAGACUAUGUGCCCUCUCGAGAUCGUUGCUAUAGAUGGUGGAUUUAAUAUGUCCCCAGAAAAAGAAAUCCAUGGGAGCCAAAUCGGGACAUCUUGCAGGCCAUUUAAUUUGGUUGCUUGUUCCGCUUAUAAUGCGAUCUUGAAAAAUUGUGCUUAAAUAAUUUUUCACGAUACGCGCAUUAUGAACGGAACAGCCAUCCUGUUGGUACCAAACAUCAUCUAAACGUACAUCUGGGAGAUUCUGAAUAGCUGGAAUAAUGCUAUUUUGUAAAAGAGCAAGAUAUUUAGCUGAAUUCAGAACUCCCUCAAUGAAAAAUGGACCAAUUACAUGGUCACCUAAAAUGCCGGUCCACACAUUAGGUUUUUGAGGGCGUUGAGUCCGAUGUACAAUGCUUCUAUGUUCAUUUUCCUGAGACCAAUACCGCGUUCUGGAAGGAUUGUGAUGACCCCGUACAGAAAAUGACGAUUCGUCGGUGAAAAGAAUGUUUUUUACAAAAUCAUCAUUUUCGUGAGAUGCAUCCAUUGCAGCUUGACAAAACUCCAUUCUACGAUAAUGAUCUCCGGGAAAUAACUCCUGGGUUCUCGAGUAUUCGAAACUCUUAAAGCCAUAUUUUUUUAGAACUUUAUGAACUGUGGUAUGCGAAACCUCCAACUCCUUGCCGACACUUCUGGUGGUUCUGGAGUUAUCUACCUCAAUUGUAGAACAAAUAUCUUCAUCCCUUCUUUCGAUUUCCUGCUGUCUUUCCGGGGACAUCUCUUUUCUUUUGUGACAUUUUCUACAAUCUUUUAGCAAUAUUGUGUUUCAAAACUAUUUAUAACAUUUGCAAUUGUUUGUCUACAAGGUAUGGGUCUAGUUUCGAAAGUAUUAGCAAAUAGAUCUACACAUUCUGCCAACGAAUUACCUUGAUAAUACCAUUUAAUUAUUUGCAUCUUUUCUGGAGAAGUAUAAAUAAACAUUUUAAACAACACUCUUCGCUUCGGGGUUCAAAUGACAAACCAAUAACACUUGACGUUUAACGAAUUUUGAAGUUAAUGCUAACAUCCAGGAUAAACAAUUACUGACAAUUUGUAUUUGUAGCUCAGUUGACACAAGUAUCUCAAUAUAAUACAAUGUAUGGUUUUAUGUGUCUAAAUAUAUACGAUGUAUGUUUCCUAUGUCCAGCUGAACAAUUUACGUACUGUAUCUUUAAUAACAAAGGAACUAGACGAUUUUACUCUUUAACAUGUGUUUUAACUGUCGACAUGGGAUACGUGAGGAGGCCAUGUCUUAUCAUACCUCUAAUAUGAAAUUAUUUCGUAUAUAUAAUGCGAAAGGAACAGAGUGUUCAAAAAAUAUAUAAUGCACCUCUCACUAUUUAAAGAGCCUCCACAUAGACACCAAAUCCGUACUUACUCUCAAGGAAAUUCUACCUCAAAACAUCACAGAGCCUCCAAUAAACAGUCUCGUCUCGCUUAUGUUGCGCUGUGCAUACCGCUUACCUGGUCGACAAAUCACUCUUAUAGGUGUCGAUCAGAAUUGUUUACGUUAUGUGCCUUUCUGUUUUAAAAGUUUUGUUAAUUGUUGUUGUUUAUUGCUAGUUUAGUUUUGUUUCAGUUAAAACACAUGUUAAACUAUAAAACCGUAUGUUUUAUGACACUCAAAAAACAAAAUAUUCCCAAAACACAAGGCUACAGUACGAUUUCGAAAUAUACUCACAUUUAUAUCUCAUCUUCCUUACAAGGUGUCUCAAACUUAACAUAAGAAAAACCUGUGUUUUCUUCCACCCCGUGUAAGUACAAAAAAGAAGAUAAAGGCAGUUUUUGUUUUCAUUUGAUUCAGAGUUGGACCACCAUCUCCAUAUAGCUAUUUCAGCAUCUAUGCCACGGUUCCCGGGAAGGGGGGUUAUCGUGGAAGGUCUUGUCACUGGGAAUUUUUCGGCGUCUACUUAUUUCUUAAUGAUUCUUUAGUCAAAAUUCACUGAGAGCGAAAUCGCAGCACGUUAUUUUUUUAACUAAGCGCGAAAUGCAUUUUUUCUGCACAAAGCUCUAAUAUUCCGUAAGUAUUUUACAUCGUUUGAUAUUCACAUUGUAUUACCAAUAUUUUUUCUUUCAAAAACUAUCAGAAAUAGUUUUGAGGACAUUAAUACAUUAGCCUGAAUUUUUCCAGAUUUUUCUGACUACUCUUAAGACCACUUUUGAGGCUUUGAAAAUGAUUUUUUUACUUUUUUGACCCUUUUAAAUGCUUUUGAAAUAGUGCUCUUUUUCCGGGUGUGAGUAUAAAUAUACUUUAUUCAAUUUAAUGAUAUUAGUAUAUAUAUAAACACAAAAUACAAGCUUAAAUUAGGCGCCAAUUUGAAAAAUAAACUAAUAUACACUCACGGACAAAAAUAUUCCAUAUUUUGAAAUUAGCGUGUGAAAUAAAAAAAAUUUGUGCUGCCCCCAGUGUCAUAGAAAUAGGAUUUCUUUUUAGAAUCCGAUGUUUCAAUGUUUCAUAUAAAUGGUAUAAUCGGAUUUAAAUUUAAUAUGGGCUAUAUGGUGGAGAAUAAGUAUUCACUAUUCUACCGACAUUAAGACCUGCGUCAUGGUACACGAAUUUGUUAUCCAAUAUGGCUGGUAAAUGGCAAAACAUGAUCUUCUAAAAUGUUUUUAAUGUACAUAUCAGCUGUCAUUCACCCAAUCACCUCCACAAGUUCAGUAUCUCCUUAUCAAGAAAUACCACUCCAUAGCACUAUGCCGCCACCACCAAAAUUAACCCUCUGUAUCAGGUUACAUCUGGCAUACCGUUCACCAUAUGGAAGCAAGAUUUACAAGACUUCGUCUACAGAAGAGUUGGCGAACAGUAUUUCAGUUGUAACCUCAUACAGAGCGUUAGUUUUGGUGGUGGCGACAUAGUGCUAGGGGGAGCGGUACUGCUUUGAAAGGACAUACCGAACACGUGAAGGUGAUUAGGCGAAUGCCAACUGAUAUGUACAUUGAAAACAUUUUAGAAAAUCAUGUGUUGCCAUUUGAAAGCCAUAUUGGAUAUGACAUAUUGGUGCUAAUGCACUUCUUCUUGUCGCUAGCAUAGUGAAUACUUAUCUUGAUGAGAUUCAAUUUAAAAAUUAUACUGGCCAGCAUAUAGCCCAGAUCAGAUUUAAAUCCGAUUAAAGCCUCUAUGUGAUACUUUAAAAAAUGGCAUUCGUAAAAAAAUCUUAUUCCUAUGAUACAGAGGGCUAAGGAUAGCAGCACAAAAAAUUUCAUUCCACAUGCAUAUGCAAUAUUUUUGUCCGAGAGUAUAUAAGUGAGAUAAGUAUUUUUGCAUUAUAGAUGUUACAGGUAGAAAUUCGAUAACAUACAUAAUUAUAAUAUAUUAUUUAUUUACUAUAUAAAUAAAUAUGCAGAAAUAUGUUGACCCGCAAAAUAUUAACAAUUAGAGAUAUUAGAUGUAUAAUAAAUUGGCAAAGUGUUACAACAUUUUUUGUACUAAAAAAGAAAAAAUUUUUUUUAAUAAUAAUAUUAUUAUGAUAUUAUAAUGCCAUUUUAAAUAUGCGUUCAUGGCAUUUUAAUCAUGGUUAUUAAAUUUCUACCUCUAACACCUGUAAUGCAAAAAUGUCUCUCUUAUAUAUUAGUUAAUUUUUUAUAUUGGAGCAUAAUUUAAGCUUGUAUUUUGUCUUUACAAUACUAAUAAUAUCAUUAAAUUGAAUAAAGCAUAUUUAUAUACUUACACCCGGAAAAAGAGCACUAUCUCAAAAGCAUUUAAAAGUGUCAAAAAAGUGAAAAAAUCAUUUUCAAAGCCUCAAAAAGUAGUCUUAAAGUAGUCUUAAAAAUCUGAAAAAAUUCAGGCUAAUGUAUUAAUGUCCUCAAAACUACUGCUGAUAGUUUUUGAAAGAAACAAAAUAUUGGUAAUACAAUGUGAAUUUCAAACGAUGUAAAAUACUUACGGAAUAGUAGAGCUUUGUGCAGAAAAAAUGCAUUUCGCGCUUAGUUAAAAAAAGAACGUGCUGCGAUUUCGCUCUCAGUGAAUUUUGAUGAAAGAAUCAUUAAAAAAUAAGUAGACGCCGGAAAAUUCCCAGUGACAAGACCUUCCACGAUAACCCCCCUUCCCGGGAACCGUGAUGCAUCAUCAGUGGAGCUAUGCAGUCACAACUCUAAAACAAAAUCAACAAACCCUGCCUAUUUAAGGGAAAACAUCGCGAUGCAAUGAAUCCACCUUUUGAGACGCAAAACAGCGACAUCUCUCGUAAUACGAGGAAGACGAAAAGCCCCAGAUGCAAAGGUUACUACUUUUAUACAAUUAGAAUAAUUGAAAUAAAAAUAAUAAACAAUAAUUUAAAUGCAAGACUUUUUCGUUAAGAACUGACUGCAUAGCUCCACUGAGGAUGCAUAGAUACUGAAAUAGCUAUAUCGUUGUGUUAGAAUAACAAGGUUCUAUCUGCAAAUUUUUUAAAAUUGACAUUUUUAUGUAACUUGGUUCCAUUUUAUGUUCUUUACCUUAAUAUGAUCCUAGCACCGACAUCUAUUAACAGGUGGCUGAAAUACGUAAGUUACAAGGUUCUAUCUCAGAGAAUUUUAAAUGUUGAUAAGUUAACAAGCUUCUAACUGACAUAAAAAACAGUCAACUAAGUACACAAGGUCCUAUCUGUAAGAACUUAAAGUGUUUAUAAGUUAAUAAUAAGAUUUAUGAAAAAACAAAAGAUGUAGAUCUUUUAAAGACACUCAGUGAUCAAAAGAUCCACAGAUACUGGUUUAACGACCACUCGUACGAAAUCAGACAAAUGAAAUAGAGAAUGUGGAAAUUUGAUUCUUUGGAUCUUUGAUUCUAUUCAAAAAAUUUUUCCCAGCCCGAAAUGGUGGAUGUGUGAAUUAUUCGUAAGGGGAUUUUUCCACAUUUUCUAUUUCAUUUGUCUGAUUUCGUAUGAGUGGUCGUUAAACCAGUAUCUGUGGAUCUUUUGAUCACUGAGUGUGUUUCAAAGAUCUACAUCUUUUGUUUUUUCAUAAACAUUAUCUUACUUACUCUAAAGUAAUUAGGGAAUUAAAACUUGAGACUGUCAUUUUCAGGUUGGGCGUAGAUUUACGCUCCUGCUAUGUCUAGGACUCGAAUGUUGUUUUUUGAUUGGAAUGUGUCUAAAGAUAUUCAACUUCUCAUCUUUACCGAUGAGCCCAGAGAGGUUGAAGAGGGUGAAACACAUUUCUAAGAACUGGUAUUUGGAUCUUUGAUUCUAUUCAAAAAAAUUUUCCCAGCCCGAAAUGGUGGAUGUGUGAAUUAUUCGUAAGGGGAUUUUUCCACAUUCUCUAUUUCAUUUGUCUUAAUAAUAAGACUAAUAAACAACUAGAAGUUGUUUUAUUGUAUACUAAUUGUUAAACAAAGGUAUGUGUGGAAAAUAGAACUUGAUUAAAUAAGUUUAAUUCAUUUCUCAAAUCAGAACUCCUUUGUAUUAACUAUUGAAGUAACCUUUUACUGUUAAUAAAAAUAUAUGAAUUUUUAAAAAAAUUUACAUUGUUAACACAUAAAAGUGGCGACAAUAGUAAAAUAAAUAUAUAACAUAGAAACUUUAAACAGUCAUAACUAAAAAUGGCACCUGAGGCAGUUAGAACCUUGUUAUUCUGACACAACGAUAUGGAGAUGGUGGUCCAACUCUGAAUUAAAUGAAAACAAAAACUGCCUUUAUCUUUUUCAUCUUCACUCGGAUUUGAGUACCUGAAACUGUCUUUCGGUCCUUUUCCUAGACGAAAAGAAGGUAAAUACGUGGCCUAAGUGUCCUUUAUUUGCUUUCUUCUAUAUUCGUCGUCUCUUGUGCUUAUAUAUUGUAAAAGCCGGAGAUACGGGAUGCAGCCAGAAAGCAGUUUCUUAACGAAAAAGUUUUGGAUUUAAAUUAUUGUUUAUUACUUUUAUUUUAAUUAUUCUAAUUGUAUAAAAGUAGUAACCUUUGCAUCUGGGGCUUUUCGUGUUCCUCUCGUAUUACAAAAAAGAAGUUUGAGUAAAUCUUUGUUCAACUGUGUAAAUACCCAAAGAAAACUCGAAAAUAACAAAAAAAAUAGCGGAAUCCGUUAAUCUGUUCACGAAAAAAUCAACUAUCAAAAUGAGCAUAAUUUUCUAUGCCCCUACCUUAUGCCUCGCAGUAUAUUUCCAUAUCAACCUCUAGUAAAAUAUAAAUGUUCAUAAAAUUAAUAUUUUAUCUCACAUUCGCUUUAUACUAAUUUUGACUUUAUUUUUUUUUUUAUUAUAUUAAAGUCCCGACAGGUCCUUCUUGAAAUCGUGUCAUUAUCUGUCUCUUUGUCUAUAUGUAUACCUGUCUCUGCAAAAACUCUUAAAGGAAAAUCCUAUAGUCUUGAAGCUUGAUACAUAGGUUCAUCCUGGAUCAAUCCUUGGGCCUAUUUAAUUUGGGGCUGAGUAGAUCAAAAAAGGUAGAGGUAUCUUCGGAUAGAGAGAAUGUAUCCUUCAAAGUAGGUGAAGAAGUAAAGUAGAAAAUUCUGUCGGGUCCUUCGAUCCUCUAUUGUAUCGAUUUAUGUGAUGUUAUUAUCGGUUUAAAAAGUAAUUAUGACUAUAAAAGCUGUGUAUUCCUUAUUCACCAUAUCUUUAAAUCCAUUAGACAUUUCCCAUUAGCGACUGAAAUGUGUCAGGGAUGAAAACUUACCCAUCCAGUAUGUUCUGCGCGGAGAAUUCGAGAAUUCCUACUCAGUUCAAAGCUUUGACAUAUUUUGUCUCCAAAGUAUACUUAGUAAUGCUAUGGCUUUUUCCUAAAUACAUUUUUCUUUGAUUGCUUUAUUGAGUGUACUGCCUCGUUAACAAUUUAUGAAAAUAUUGCUAUUGAUUUAUAUUUAGGUGUUAUUAUAUCUUUUUUCUUGUCAUUUAAGUUUAACUUCAUAUUAACAAAAUAGCUGUAUAAAACUUGCACGGAUUAAUAUUUAUACUCAUAUUUUUUGACGCUAUAGUCUAUCUUUAUGACCGAGAGAUUAAAUUAUGUAUAAUAUUAUAGUUAAACUCAGCAGCGGCUCGUGGCCUAAAAAAGUGGUGAAGAUGAGGAAAGCCUGCCGGACCCAAAAGAAAUUUCGGUACCUAUAUCAUGCCUAAAUCUCAUUAAAAAUUCUUUUAAAAAAUGUUUAGAGUUUAGGUGAGGAGAUACUUAAGCAAAAAAAGCAGUAUUAAAUAGAUUAAUAGAAGGAAAUAAUCUAUUAAUGAUAUCCUUGUAGAAAGGAAUUGAAAGGAUGCUUCUGUAUAAGUUCAGUCAAUAGUUCUUUAUGAGUGCAAUAAUAGUCAAAUUGGAUAGUCUUCCUUGUGAAAUAGUGUUUCUUGUAAAAGUUUUUAACCUUUUUAGGCACGAAAAACUUCUUUCUACGUAUACGCUUGUCGAUGGAAUUGUUAGAAUUAAAGAAAACAAAUUAUAGGCUUCUGCAACAUUGUCUUUAAUUAGUUGUAAUUUUAAAACCAAUUCUUGAAAUUAACAUUUUUGUAAUUUCCGUCGGCGUAAAGGCGACAAAGCUCACUUUUAAGUCUUUGAAUUUUAAUAAAUUUUGUGCCUAAAACUCAAAUAAAUUUUGAAAAGCGUCGGACGGAAAGGUUAAACUGUAUGACCCAAACUUUGUUGUAUCAGCUAAGCUUACGAAGUUUUAUCACAACCCUGAACACAUACAUCCAUUUCCAUUAAAAUAAGAUGAUAUAUUUAAAAAAAAAUAAUGCUCUGUAUUGGGUAGUAAUUGCAUUCUUGCUUAUACCAUCAUGACACCUACACCUUUUCGAAGUCUUAAUGACGGUCAUUGUGCCUGUUCUGUCAAAAAUAAAUUAAAAAAUUCUUCGCUUCUUUUAUCACUUAUUAAUUGACAACUCCUUUUCAUUUGGCCUAAACAAAAUUUAAUAUCUAUAAAAAUUAUAGGGACUUCUUUUUGAAGAAAAUCAUAUAAAAUAUCUGUUAUAUGAAAAAUAGAGCUAAAAACUGUUGCUAAAAAUGUAAACUCAAAAUCGUUUAAAUCUCCUAAAAGGCCUUUAGCCUGCUGAACUGAUUUGCGGUCUACCGUCUUCCGAAAAAACGAAUACUACCCAUUACCCAUCCAACUACUGGGUGAAUACGGCAAAUUUAUUUUUAAACAUAGCUGCACUUUGCUUGCUAAUGUAAGUACCAGUGCCGAUAGGAUGACAUUACGUUGUCAUGACAACCGUUGAUGCUUGUGCAGAAGGCUUUGGAAAUUGAAACGAGAUCUUCAUCUAACUUUGCCUGCGUCAGAUGACGCAGGUCAGGACCUGAUUGUCAAGGAUCUAUAUUUUUAAUGUAUGGACUAUUUAAAUUAUUUUUUAAAUUUUGUAUUCAUUAAAAGAAUAAAUAAUUAAAUUCAGAAUUUAGAUAUAAUAAUGUUACUUUUAUUUUUUAUUUUUUUGUCUCAAUUUAAUUAUAUUUUUUGGUGAAGCUCACAUUCACCUACUUCACCUGGCCGGCCGCCGCUGGUUAAACUUAUGCUAUAUCUCUCGGUCAUAAAGAUAGACUAUAACUAUAACGUGAUUCAGAUCGUCGUGUAGAAAAGUCUACAAGCCAAUGUGACGUCCAUUCUUUGCUAUCUUGUGACGACCUAUAUUUUUUCAUUAAUUUUUUACAAAUUAAUAUUAGUGAAUUCUGAUAUCAUUUUUCUAUAACUUUCGACCUUUUUUAUCUUAUAUAAUUCAAAGAAUAAUAUGUAUGUUGUUAUUCAUUUGUAAUAAAAUUAUGUUUUUUAA